UGGAGGCACAGCCCAAACAGAAGACACGGAGGCUCCCUGGGCUUGGCUUGGCUUGGCUUGACCUGGUCUGGCUGCCCUGGCUGCUGGGUAAGGUGCUAUACCAUACCGUACCAUACCAUACCUACCGUUCAUCGGUACCUAUACUAAAUGACUUGGAGGGUAGCGUGAAUCGAUCAAAAGCCCGUGAUCCGCUUCCCCAGAUUCACUUUCACGAACCCCUCUCUCUCCAUCUCAUCCUCCCUAUUCUGGGAUAUAAAAGCUACGUAGACUAGCUCCCCCUCCCAACGGAUAUAAGUCUGCCUGUUGGUCCGGUCGCCUCUUUUCCAUCCUCUCGUCUCUUGCUCAUCCCUGAAGGCGAUCAUCAUGUAUAGUGAAACCCAGACCUCGACUGCCGAAGCCCGCCGGCUCAAAAAGCGGGAGCUCGAUCGCAAGGCCCAACGCCUGGCGCGCGAGCGAACAAAGAGCCGCAUCGCUCAAUUGGAGAGCAUGGUCGACAACCUUCGACAGGACGACUCUAACGCGCAAAUAGCUACCUUGAUGGACCAAUUAGGCAAGGUCACCAAGGAGAGGGACAAUUUAUUACAGGUUCUCGAUUCUUUGGGCUCGACGAUCCGUCGGCACAUUGGCGAUACCACAAACGCCACUACCACGAGCGAGCAACGAUCAGAGACAAAAUCCGAGUCGCCAGCUUAUGCUGGACCAGCACAAUCACAGUCGCAAUCACAGUCGCAAUCAACAUCAAACGAACGAAUAGUUCCAGUCAUGACUCAAAGAGCAGCAUCAGAAACAAGCAACUCUACAAUACUAGAACUCCCCAUCAACCACCCUCCCCCGCACGACCCCUUCACCUACGACGGCUGGAACUACGCCGUGACAACCGAGCACUACCCUACCACAAUGGCCUUCGACAACUCGAUCCUCCCACCCGCCGGCAACGGUUUCAUUCCUAUCCAGCCUCUCCUCCCAAACCUCCCCCCAACACCCGAAGAGGACGACGUCAUUAUCCCCAAGGCCCCCGUGCUCUGCCACUGCUCCAGCCCGGCGAGCUGCGCGUCAGGCUACCACGACGUCAAGCCUAACAUCUGGCGCGCGAUAAACGAAACCCUCGUCAAGCCGACAAAGCUUUCUGCUGAGGAGAUGGCGAUCGAGGAGUACAACGCGGAGGAUAUACCGGUGCGCGCCAUAAUUGAGGGCUGGGAUAGCAUUGAGCGGGCGGGGAAAAUGACGCCGACGUGGCGCAAGCUGCGCAGGGCUGAUGAGCUCUGUUUUACGAAUUGCGCGGAUACAGAACGUUUGGCUGCCAUGAGGAUAUGUCAUCUUUUGAUCACGUAUCACGGCGAUCCUACGAUGGAGAGGCGCGCGACGUUACCGCGAUGGUACUGGAAUAGGCCAUCGCAAGUACUACCGCACUCAUACGGCAUUGACUUUUUCGUCUGGCCCGGUCUCCGCGAACGCCUCAUCUUCUCCCAACACCAAUACUGCAACAACUCCUUCUGGGAGCUUCUCCAAACCAACCUAAAGAUCCUCUGGACGGACAGUUUCCAGGACACAUUCUACCACAACGCGCACACGAGCAAAUACCACAUAUCGCCACUCUUCGAGCAGCGCAUCCGCGACAUCAACGCCUGGACCAUGUCGACGGACUUCUUCCAGCACUUUCCCGAGCUGAGCGAGGAUAUCCCAGCAUACAUGGGAAUACCCGCCUCUAUGGGGGGAGUGCAUCCAUCAGCUGUUGUGCCGUCGAGUAGGAGGCGGUAUGAGGAUGAUGAGAGUAAAGUACAUAAAGGACAGAGGGCAGCUAUAUGUUAGCGGUAGACAACUCUUCCAAUGAUAAACGAACGGAAUGAUGUACAAAUUGAGUGUCUCUGUGA